UGACGUUUUGCAUCGGGAAAUUAGCAAUUUCGAAUCUACCUUAUUUUUGUUUCUAAAAUGGAUUUUCAAAGUUCUGAACUCGUGGUGAAAUAAUAUGUCCAUUAAUUUAAUUUAAUAAAUAUAAUUAUUAAUAAAAUUGAAUCAAAAUGACAACGAAAGAGCUUUACACAAAGGACGCCCAAGUGUGGGUGGAGAAUCCGGAUACAGUAUGGGAGAGUGCAACAGUGGUAGCAGACUUCCGUUCAGGAGUGCUGAUAGUCAAACUCGACCAGUCCGGAGAGAUACGGCAAAUAAAGAUCACAGAUGAGAAGCAAAUGCCCCCACUGAGAAAUCCAUCACUGCUGAUUGGCCAAAAUGAUCUCACGUCACUAUCAUACCUUCAUGAGCCAGCCGUGCUGCAUAACCUUAAAGUCAGGUUCUGCGACCGUAACGCCAUCUACACGUACUGUGGCAUCGUGCUGGUUGCAAUUAAUCCUUACUACGAUUUACCCAUUUACGGAGAUGAAACAAUCAUGGCGUACCGCGGACAGUCCAUGGGGGACUUGGACCCCCAUAUCUUCGCUGUAUCCGAAGAGGCCUACACAAAACUGGAGAGGGAGACCAGGGAUCAGAGUAUCAUAGUGAGUGGAGAGUCAGGUGCGGGCAAGACAGUAUCGGCAAAGUACGCGAUGAGAUAUUUCGCGGCGGUGGGGGGGAAUGCGAGCGAGACGCAAGUGGAGAGGAAGGUGCUCGCGUCCAGCCCUAUCAUGGAGGCAAUAGGCAAUGCGAAAACAACUAGGAACGACAACUCGUCGCGCUUCGGCAAGUUCAUAGAAAUACACUUCGACAACCAGUACCGGAUCUCGGGCGCGAGCAUGCGCACGUACCUGCUGGAGAAGAGCCGCGUGGUGUACCAGAGCGCCGGCGAGAGGAACUACCACGUCUUCUACCAGCUGUGCGCCGCCGCACAACACAUGCCCGAGCUGCUCUUAGAUCACCAGGACACGUUCCACUAUUUGAACCAAGGCGGCAGUCCUAACAUUGACGGAGUGGACGAUUUGAAAGCAUUCAAUGAGACUAGAAACGCUCUAACCACGUUAGGAGUGUCGGAGACGGAGCAGCAGAACAUGUUCACGGUGCUGGCGUGCAUCCUCCACCUGGGCAACAUCGAGCUGACCACCUGCGACCCGGACCCUGGCGACGGCACCCAGAGCGAGGACGGCGCAUACAUUAACGGCGGCGACAAGCACCUGGCGGCCACGAGCGCGCUGCUGGGCGUGGCGGCGGGCGAGCUGGCGCGCUGGCUGACGCACCGGCGCAUCGCGUCGGCGCGCGAGGUGAUCGUGGCGCGGCUGGACGCGGCGCGCGCGGCGGCGGCGCGCGACGCGCUCGCCAAGCGCAUGUACGGCGAGCUGUUCGCGUGGCUCGUGCGCGCCGUCAACCGCGCCCUCCACACUGGACACGCCAAGAAGCAUUUCAUUGGCGUGUUGGACAUAUACGGGUUCGAAACCUUCGAAAUCAACUCGUUCGAGCAGUUCUGCAUCAACUACGCGAACGAGAAGCUACAGCAACAAUUCAAUUCGCAUGUCUUCAAGUUAGAGCAGGAUGAGUAUAUUAAGGAGGAGAUCUCGUGGAAGAUGAUCGACUUCUACGACAACCAGCCGUGUAUAGACCUGAUCGAGGACAAGCUGGGCGUGCUGGCACUGCUGGACGAGGAGUGCCGCGUGCCGCAGGGCUCUGAUCAGGGCUUCGUGUCCAAGCUGCACGACAAGUGCGCCAAGUACCAGCACUUCACGAAGCCACGCUUCGGACGCUCUGCAUUUAUAAUAAAACACUUCGCGGACCACGUGGAGUACCAAUCAGGCGGUUUCCUGGAGAAGAAUCGGGACACGGUCUCCGAGGAGCAGCUGGAGUGUAUAAAGUCGGCGACCAGCUGCCGCCUCAUCCACACCAUGUUCGCUGACCAGGCCGACCAGACGGCCACCCUACCGCCACCUUCGAGGAGGAGGCAGCCCAACAUGCCAAUUGGCAGUCUCACACAACCAGCCAAGCGGCAGUCGGCGCAGAAGCAGACGGUGGGCUCGCAGUUCCGGCAGUCGCUGUCGGCGCUGAUGGCGACACUGUCGGCCACCACGCCGCACUACGUGCGCUGCAUCAAGCCCAACGACACCAAGCGCCCGUUCAUGUUCGACCCGGCGCGGGCCGUGCACCAGCUCAGGGCAUGCGGCGUGCUGGAGACCAUCAGGAUAUCAGCUGCUGGUUUCCCAUCACGAUGGUUGUAUCAAGAUUUCUUUCAUAGGUAUCGCUUAUUGUGCGCCCACAAAGACGUCGAUCGUACCGACAUCAAGGGCACGUGUGGUCGGAUACUGGCCAAGCAUCUCAAGGAUCCAGACAAGUAUCAGUUCGGAGCAAGCAAGAUAUUCUUCAGGGCUGGACAGGUUGCGUACCUGGAGAAGAUCCGCGCGGACAUCCAGCGGCUGUGCUGCGUGCGAGUGCAGAGCUGCGUGCGGCGGUUCGUGGCGCGCCGCAAGUACCAGCGGCUGACGGCCGCGCUGCGCGGCCUGCAGGCCAGGGCGCGUGGCUGCCUCGCCAGACGUAAAGCGCAAGAGAUCCGUCGCAACCGGGCAGCGAUCAAGAUCCAGAGGAACGUGCGCGGAUGGCUCGCGAGGGUCAAGUACCAGAGGCUGAGGAGGCUGGCCAUCGGUCUGCAGGCGCACGCCAGGGGAUACCUCGCCAGGAGGCUGUAUAGAGACUGGAGGAGGGUCAGAGCGGUAAUCACUGUACAGCGAUACGCGCGAGGCUACUUGGCGAGACAGAGAGCUAAGAAAGUGAGACGGCAAAUUGUCAUCGCUCAAGCUGCUAUACGCCGUUUCCUCGCGCGCCGCCAAUACAAACGUCUCCGCAUCGAAGCCCGCAGUCUCGAUCACGUGAAGAAACUGAACAAGGGUCUGGAGAACAAGAUCAUCAGCCUGCAACAGCGGCUGGGCGAUGCACUGGAAAAGAACAAGUGUAUCGAACCACUGCACACGCAGAUUGCGGAGUUGAAGGCGAAGUUAGAGCUUCUCAAAUUAGUGGAAAUUGAAGUUAAAACCCUGCGUGUUGGCAUCGAUGAUAAAGACAGCAUGAUUGCUGCGUUGCAAGACGAGCUAACGAGCGAGCGGGAUAGCAAUAGGCGGUUAACUGACGAGAAGAAGGAAAUAGAACAGCAGUAUAAGAAGAAUAGAGAAGAAUGGGAAGCGGAGAGUGAGAAGUUAGCAAACGAGUUGAGAAGCAACAAGGAACACUACGAUUUGGUUAUAGAAGAACGAGACAAGCGACACGAGCAAGAGAAGAAGGCUCUGAGUGCAGAACUAGAAGCGGAGAGGCAGAGUCGGCAGAAGUUGCUGUCCUCCCAGUACGAGUUGCAGGAGCGGCUCGAUGCGUUACAGAGGACGCCGGCGCCUAAGGAGCAUAGAAGGUCGCUGUCAGACGCAAGCAAUAACUCACAGCAGGAGACCACGAUUGAAGAUGAUUACGGGUAUGGAUCGGUCCGUUCUGUGGAGACGAACAGGCCAGCCUUGGAGGCUGUUAACUGGUCCACCGGCUCGCACAAUGGCCCAGCGCCGCCGAUCGCGGACGCGGGCCUAGUGCUACGUAUGCAGAACAGAAUUUCGGCGCUGCAGAGCGAACUCUCCAGGACGACGAAGCGCGCCGCUGAUUUAGAGGAGCGACUUAUGAAUCGCAUGGCGUCACCACCAAGCAACCCCAACAUAGACAGGUUUAAAGUGGAAGAGCUGGAAAUAGAGAACAAGAAGCUGCGAGAGCACCUCGACAGGCUGCGAGCGGCUGGCGACAGCAUGCUCAUCUCCAAGGAGGUUAUAGAACAAAUGGCUGUGAUGCAGAAGGAAUUGGACAGGAGGCGGGACGAGUGUGUGCAACUCAAGAGCGUACUAACUAAUCAGAAACCAUGGUUCCAAGCACUGAAAAAUGUCACGGUGAAUCUAAAGUCGCUCGCGUCGUCCAACUACGGAUCAGAUGUGGACAUUAUUAACGAAGAUGGAGAACUGGCGACCGCUUACGAAGCGCAGAAGGGAAUUAACAGACAAUUGCAAGAGGAGCUGACAGCUGAGAAGAAGUUUUAUUCAGAGCACAUUACGAAAACCAAAGCUGAAAUCGACCGGCUCAGAGAAGAGAAUGAGAAAUAUCAAAAGUUGCUCAGUGCCGACCUCAGUCAGGAGCCCAAGAAUAAGUCGUUGGAGUUCUCUCAGAAUGAAAUCAUACGUUUGGCGGCCGAGAGCUUGGCUUUGCAGGAGCGGGUGGACAAGUUGUCGGAGAGCUGCCGCCGGUACAAGAACCAGAUACGACUGCUGGUCAACAAGCUGAAGGAGGUCGGCGUGGACGAUGUCAGCGACAUCUUGGAGAGUAGCGACACAGUAGUUCCGCAGAAUGCGUCUCUGACACUGCAGAUGGCGCCGGUGACGCGUAAGAAGGAGCGCGAGUACCUCGGCAUGUUUGAAUACAAGGUGCAAGAUGAAGGCACCAUUAUAAAGAAACUCACCACUGAUCUGAAGCCCAAAGUAGCGGUGACCCUCCUACCGGGUCUACCGGCUUACAUAAUUUUCAUGAUGCUGCGCCACAUGGACCAUGUGGACGACGAGCCCAAGAUGCACCAAAUGAUGAAGGCGGUGAGGACUGGCGUCAAGAAGACCCUGAAGAGACGGGCCGACAGCGUCGAGUAUAAUGCUCUCUGGUUGGCCAAUAUGCUCAGAUUAUUGAACAACCUGCGGCAGUACAGCGGCGACACAGUAUAUCAGAGUGCGAACACUCCUCGCCAGAAUCAACAGUGCCUGAGGAUUUUCGAUCUGUCAGAGUAUAGACAGGUCCUCAGUGACAUUUCUGUGUGGAUAUACCAAGGUCUAAUUCACCUCCUCGAGCGGCAACUAGAGCGGCUCAUCAUCCCAGCCAUCCUGGAGCACGAGGAGAUCAGCGGCCUGUCCGGCCCCACUCGCCCCUCGCCCUCGCCCCCGUCGGCGGCGGGACCUGCGCGGCUCAAACAGGAGCUGGCCACCACACACGAGCAUCUACAGACCUUCGCCGUCGACCAACCUCUCAGGGUUAUGAUAUUUAAACAGUUAUUCUACUACAUCUGCGCGUACAGUCUGAAUCAGCUGCUGCUCCGUAAGGACCUGUGCUGCUGGGCCAAGGGACUGCAGAUCAGGUACAACAUCUCGCAUCUGGAGACCUGGAUCAAGGAGCAUCUCGCCGAGUAUGGACAGAAGAACGUGGAGGAGAUCCUGGGCGUGCUGAAGCCGAUCACGCAGGCGGUGCAGCUGCUCCAGGCGCGCAAGUCAAUGGCUGACGUCCAGAGUACAGUGGAGAUGUGCGCUGACCUCACAGCCAUGCAAGUCUGCAAGAUCCUGAACAUGUACACGCCAGCUGAGGAGUAUGAGGUGAAGGUGACCCGCGAGUUCAUUCACGAAAUACAGAAGAAGAUGCAGGAGAAGGCCGGGCCCAACGCCGACAAGGAACCGCAAAACCUGCUAAUGGACUCCAAGAUGAUAUUCUCCGUGCAGUUUCCGUUCAAUCCGUCUCCGAUCCGGUUGGAAGCGAUCGAGCUGCCCGAAGUGUUAGAACUGGACGGUCUACUAACGAAAAUAUAAGUUACGUUUAUAUUUCAUUAUUCUGUCAUGACAUUUUUUUUUUUUUCUUUUUUUUUUUUUAAGUGACUACCGCCGCCCAUGAUCACCCACAACACCUACGGCAUUGCAGGUGUGCUGCCGGCCUUUUAAAAAGGAAUAUGCUCUUUUCUUGAAGGUUAUACAUUACAGCUUUACGUUAUACAGAUAGAGCGUCGAGCCUCAAAAAUUAGCUGACUCGUGUUUUUUUAUUAGUAUUCUAUGUAUUUACGUAUAAAAUGUAUCUUGACGUAUUAUUUAAUAAAUAAAAUGAGCGUUUACGCAUUAAAAUGAUGCAGAAUUUAUAAUACAUAAUAAAUAUAGAAGUUAUAAAGGAAUCACUCACAACUAGGUGUUUAUUAAGCAAAAUUAUAUAAAAAACUUGAGCCGUUUCUCUCGAAGUAUUUCUAUAAAGACACUCUAUCUAUAUAAUCUAAGGUUGUCAAUGAUUUUUUAAAAAGAUACGUUACGCGUUCGGAAAUCAAUUAAAAAAAAAAAGUAUUCCGAACACCUUGAUAGGCUUGUCAAAUAAUUGACAAAGGACGGAGCGUUUAAAACAAUAAAACUAAGAUGGCCAGUGUUUGUCAUUUACGUGGCAAUGUGUGCAAAUGUUGCAAUAAGGGCUGAUUAGCGCCAUCUCGUGGUCAUUUUCGGUGCGCUUGUUGUUAUCUAGAUUUUUUUCUUUUAUAAUAUUAGUUCUAGUUGGUCGACGUUGUAACUUUGCUGAAAUAUAUGUUUCGUGUUAGGCCCAGUGAUCGUGCAAUCACGAAUGAUGAUAAAUUAAUCAUUCCGCAGUUAUUAUUGUACAUAACUAGGGCUGCCAUCCGUCCGGAAUUCCCCGGAUUUGUCCUAGUUUGGAGGGCGUCCGGGGGUCGUCCGGUAGGGGUUUUUGUAGUGUUUUUUGUUGUAGGGGAUCCAAUUUUUUUUAUAGGUAGACGAUCAAUUGAAAUAAAUCUUAGUUACAAAUUCAUCCACACAGUGUUUUUAUUUUUGUUACAAAAAAUAUUUUUUCAGUAGUGUCCGGGGAAAAAUCCAUAUUUCGCCCAAAUGUCCGGGAUUUUAGCCCUGUUUGUCCGGUGUCGGCAAUUUAGGCGAUGGCAGCCCUAUACAUAACCCCAAAAGUUGGAAAGUACAUGGAUUGUUGGAAUAGUAUAGUAUAGUAUGGAAUGAGCUCCCUGCCGAGGUUUUCCCAAGAGAUUACAGCAUGGGGUUCUUCAAAAGGGGGGUAAACAGGUUUCUUUAGGGUCGGCAAUGCGCGCGUAAUAUCUCUGGUAUUGCAGGCGUUCAUAGGCUACGGUAACCGCUUACCAUCAGAUGGGCCGUAUCCUUGUUUGCCACCUCAGUGGUAUAAAAAAAAAAAAUAGUAGAAUGUAAUUGAAUUCAACCUCACGUCUUAGAACCAGAAUGGUUACGCACAGUGCAGUUUCAGAGGAGCUUCCUCCACUUAGAACCCUCAGGUCGUGGCAUAAUCUUCCUGCCGUGGCUUUCCCUAGAGACUGUAGCGUGGGGUUCUUCAAAAAAGCGUAUUAAGGUUUUCUUAAGUUCCCUGGUGUUACAGGCGUUUAUUAGCUACGGUAAUUUCGUUUACCAUCAGGCAGGGCGUAUGCUUAAAAAAUUACUAAGUGAUUUAUUGGCACAAACAUAUUUUCGGUAUUUUAUCACGAUUCAUGUCAUGCCCCCAAUUAACGUUAAUCAAAGUGACAUAGCAUUGUUAUUACGCCAUAUUUGUUUUGUAUUGAAAGUAUUUAAUUUGUUAUGUGUUAGAAAACGAAGCAAAUUUAUAAGAAGAAAUAUGCUUGAUUCAGCUAUGUUCGGGAUUAGCGUUUAUAUCUUGGGGCCUACCAUGAAAUUAAAUUCCGAAAUUUCGGGCUGAAUUUCGUGUUUUUGUUUGUACCUAAAUCGACCCAGUAAAUGGAGCUUAACGUUUUAUCCAUCAUAAAUCCUAUCCUAAUAGUCCAGAGGAACGAUAUUUUAAUAUUUUUAAUAAUUUUAAACGGUAUGUAUUAUGUAAUUUUAACAUAAAAUUUUUUGUUUCGUUCGUCCCCGAAAUUUCGGAAAAUAUUUCAUGGUAGGCCCUCUGUAUAGUGUACAUUGAUUGGGCCCACGCUUCAUAUUGUAUUGAAACAUCUUUACAAAUCGCUCAGUUACUUGACGUUUUUAGUGUUAAUGUUGGUUUAAAAUAAAAAAAAAAACAAAUGUUACAGUUUAACACUGUAACUUAUUAAUGGUUAUUCACAAUUUCUCCAUACAAUCCAAGCUUCCAUUCAUUCCAUACAUCCAAAGUGUGAGUCUUUGAGAUUAAUGCAUAUAAUAUAUUAUUUAUAUUUUUUUUAUCAACAAUAUAUAAAAACAAAUCAAUGUUCAAAUAAACAUUCCAUUAUAAAUGCCAUAAUGUAAUUUAAUUAUAUUUAUAUAUAUAAAAAAAAUUGUUUGCCAAGUGCCAUUAUUUGUUAUGAACUAUAUAAAUUGGUUAAGUUUAUGAAACAGUAUUUUUUCUAUUAGUUUAUUAUUGGAAUUUAUACAAUUUAUUUUAUUACUAUUCGUGUGAGGGUGGCGCCCUCUAGUGUCAAGUGUUUCCAGGCCGCCUUUGUUGUAUACGAAGGUCUGUGACGUGACUUACCGGACGACUGUUUGAGAGUAAGUGACAAUUAUUUUUAAACGAUCUAAACAUGAGGUUUAAGCCAGGAUUCGAUCCUGGAAUUCUGUAGUCGAGCGUUGUCCGACUGAGUUGUCAUCGAAUACAAAAGAAUAAAUAUUGUAAUUUUUAGGAGUAUACUAAAUCUUUUAAAUUAUGUUUAUAUAAAAUAUUAAAGUAGUGUAUCAAGUUAUUUACUAGUUUUUUCUCGCGGUUUCGCAUGCCUGAAUCCACUACUGGAACAUUAGAAAUAUUGAUACUGUUCGAAAAGAUAGUAGAAAAAGAGAACCACAGAGAAAAUAAAAGGCGGUCUUAUGGAAGAAUAAUGGUAUAAUUAUUAUUAUUUUCACAGGAAAUAUACUCUCAUAUUUAUAAAAAACCGUCGCUUAUAAAUGUGAAUGGCAUAACGUGAAAUCAGAAGAUAUACUGUGCCGCCAAUGGCACUUUUCGUGCGUUGCCAUGAACGUUUGGGAAUAGUUUGAGAAUCAACGAAUUUGCUCUCGGUUUCACAAUAGGUGAUAGGAAAUAAUAUACAGGUGUAAUUGAAAUCGUCAGCGUCCUUUCAAGGGAGUGUUAUUUAUUUCUUAACACUUUAAAAGUAUAUAUAUACGUGUACAAAAGACGGUCUUUACGCUAAAGCCCAGACAACAUUUGUUGUUUGAUGUUAAGUUACCCCCCUUAUCCAUAACAAUGUCAAAUCUCUCAAUAGCUAAAAUAGUUAGCUAUUGAACUGUUUCGUCUCUUUCUUUUAUACAAAACUCCCGAUUUGAAUGAAAGUGACAAAACAGUUUAAUAGUUUCAACAGAUUUGUACAAGGUUUUAGUUUUUAUAAAUAAUCGGGGUUAGUAUGGGAGACUCAAAUAUUUUGUCGAUUUUGAGGAGUUUCUCAAUUUGCUUGUAUUUUUUUUGUGUGUGUUGUUACCUCAUAACUCCGUCGUUUAUUAAUCAAUUUUGAAAAGUUUUUAUUUGAGAGGAUAUACUUUCAUAAUGGUCCUAUAGAAAUUUUAUCAAAAUCGGUUCAGUAGAUUAGUUUUUAGAUUAAAAGGGUUUUUUGUGGAAAAAAUUUACUUGUUGAUUCGCGUGACUGUCCAAAUAAUCGUAUAUAGUGUAGAUAGAUUCUUAAUUAUACUCACUGCUAACGAUUUUGAUUACACCCUGUAUAAAUGAUUGUGUUCCAUUUUACGCAUAAUUCACUACAGCUAGCUUUAGACUGUGUAAUUUCUUUAGUAGUAUUAUUUAUUAAAAUUAAUUUCUAAAUUGUUUACAAAUCAAUACAUCGAUUGAGUUUUUUGUUGUUUCAAAGGAAUAUGGCUAGAAAGCAUAAUGUUAUACUUAUUACUAUACAUACGUUAUACUCAGACUCGUGAAUAAAGAUAUUAAUGCAUUAUAUUAAUUUAUACCAAUUUAUAUUUUUUAAAUUCAAUAGUUGAUUUCAAUAUUUUAUAUAAUUAUAUAUAUAAAUUUAAUACAAACCAAUUAUUGAAUGAGUCAUCAUUUGUUUAAUUCCGCCAUUAUUAUCGGGCCCGCCAUUAAUUAUGGCGGAAUUAAACAAAUUAAUAUAAUUUAUUAUUUCGAAUUUUUCCUAAAUUUGUUGCAUUUCUUUUUGUAAUAUGUAUAUAUUGUUAUUAAAAUGUGUUGUACCUGUUUUUUUUUUUUUAUUAUAAAUUACAGGAAUAUCGCUGAGUAUUAUUUUUAAGUUUAUUUGAUGGUUGAAUUAAACAAAAUAAUUUUGUAUUUGUUUUAACGAAGUCUCGUAUGUUUUUUUUUUUUAUAUAUUUAUUAGAUAUGACUGUUGUAUACAGUUGGUUUUUGGUCAACUUUGAGUUUGAUUACCAAUUCUGUAUUUGAAACAUAACCUUAUUUUAAUGUGAUCACUACUUGCCGAUUGCCAAUAGCAAAUUAAUCUUUAUUGCCAUAUUUAAUGUGUUCCAGCGAGUUUAUUGUAAUCUUUAUAACCAUGAAUUAUAUACUAAAGAACAGAUAGUAGAGUAGGAAUCGCUCUAUAAUAUUUUGUAAGUGUACUCAAAAUAACAGUGAGAUCACUUUAACCGACUUUGAAAACGAAGGUUCUAUGUUCCACUGUAUAUUUAUCUAUGUAGGUAUUAAUGACUCAAUUGUUUUAUACAAUGUAGUCUCUUUCAAUACAAUUUAAUGAAAAGGGAACUGAAUUAUCUUGGAAUUGUUACAGAAACAUUCUCUAAUUGUUAAUAGUGACAAAUCGUAAAUCAAUCAAUCGAUAAAAUGUUUGCUCGUACUGCUAUUGGAUAGCCGACUGUGAUAUGGUCGGGUCAUUUAUUAGUUUCUGUACAUUUUCAUUAAAUUUUGUUAAUAAUAUAGUAAUAUUAGCCUUAGAAAAUUUAUUUGCUAGAUCCUUAUUAUAUAAUUUAUAACCUUGAAAACUUUAUAUAAUUAUCUAAAACCUCAUUAAAACUUCAUAAUAACACUAUAGAACCUAGAUGUUCAAUAAACAGUGACCGCGAAGUCUGGAGGCUUUUAAUGAAAUAUAAUAAUAAUAAUUAUAUUACUUAGAUAAUUAUAUUUAUUACUCUGUUAUGAACAAUAUAAAUCGAUUCGUUGUUGUACAAUUUAGUAUUAAUAUCAUUGAUAUAUAUAAAACAAAUUAUAUAUCAAUGAAUAAUGUAAAUGUUUGGAGUUUAAGAUGCAUAAUUAGUUAUUAGUGUUCCUUAGGUUGCUGUUCUUAAGCUAAAUUCUUUAAUGCAUUCCAUUCAAUUUAAUAGCUAAAUAUAUACUAUGUAAGAGAUAAUGUAAUGUUAAAUAAAUAUAAAGAUAUAUAUAGUGUUUAAAUAUAUUCCAAUUAAAAUAUUAAUAUUGAUUAAUUAUAUUUUUAUUUAGUAUGUAUAAUAUUUAAUUUCACUUCCCUUUAUGGGGUAUAAAAUACGUGUAGAUAAAUUUAUAGAGAAAACAAUAAUAUAAUUAUAUAUAUAAUUAUUUGCUCACUUAAAGUUUGUUCAUCUGUUUAUUAAUAUUUUUGUGCUAUUUUUAGAAAUAUCUCGAUUUAUAGACCUCAAAGGUCGUGAGUUCAGUCUUUUACAUUAGAUUUCGAAAAACUCUUCGGUGGCGGAAAACACCGAUGACUGACCAAAUUAAUCCGAGCAUUGUUGGUAGGCUCGCCUCCGCCACGUUGGAUUCUAAUAUACUUGGUGAAAUGUGGCGUAUCGAGUGUUAAGUUCACCACAACAGGAACAGUCGAUAGGAGUCUGUUAAUCAUCCCAUAUGAUAUUACAGUCGUGAAGCGUAUUUAUUUAUUUUACGUUUUUCUUGUAUAUUGUUAUUUCAAUUGGAAUAUUUUAAAUAUUGUGUGCAGUUGAAACAGUUACCAUAAUAUAAAAUGUUAGGUGCUUUACACGCUACGAAAUAGCUCAGUACUUAAUGUAUUUUUCUAGGAAAUAUAUAGUAUUUGUACUUAUAAACGGUAGGUACUUAAUUUUUUUUUUUUUUUUGUAUUAGUAUAAUUUAUAAAAUAGUUUGAUGUAAAAGUAAAAAUUCUAUUUAAUAGAUGAUAAAUAAUAAGAGAUAAUUUGAAUCAUGUAAGGGUUAAAAUUCUAAUAACAUGUUGAUUAACACGUUGACUGCCAACUGCGAGUUAUCUCGUCCUAUGUUUGUUUUGCUUUUUUUGUGCAGCUAUGAUUAAACUCGAAAUAUAUAUUUGCUAAUACCGAUAAAUGACAUCUGGGCAAAAAAGAAUAAAAAAUCAAUGCUGGUUUGCAUAAACAGAAAAUUUAUUAAAAAACGAAUCAAAAAUGUAAUUAAAAAAAAAUUCAAUUUCAAGAAAUAAAAUGUUAUUUUGAUGUUUGUUUGUUCUUUUUUUUAUGCUUUUUGAUGAUAACUAUGCGUUGGAAUUAAAGUUUUUAAUAAUAUAAUCUGUGAUUGUCAUUUUAGGUCAGAUUUCUGAAAAUUGCCAUAGCAGUCAACGUAUUAAAAAAUAUUUCUUAACAUUGAUUUCCGUUUUGUUAAUUGAUAAGUAUUCAUCAAAUGUCAUUAAACAAAAGUUUCACAGGUAACGAUAUUAAAUAUUGUUAUUUCGGAAAUUUUCUAUUUACCAUUUCAUAUUUAAUAUAAUAUUUUGACGUUAAUUUUAUAUAAAUAUAUAGUUAAUUUGUUCAACUCCGCCAUUACGUAGUUACGCCAUGACGUUUGACGUCAAAAUUAUAUAUAAAAAUAUUAUUUUCUAUAAUCAAGUAUGGAGUUUUGUUUCCUCUUGUUGUUUUCCCAGGUAGCUUUAAAUGUAGUAUGUAAUUACGCGUCAGUAAUCAAACUAGAUACCAAUAAUGGCGGAAUUUGAAUAUUGAAAUGGCGGAAAUAAACAAAUUAAUACUUUAAAUUGAUUUAUUAUUAAAUAAUAAUAUACUUUUUGAUUAUGUGUCGUUAAAUAUGUAUCGAAGUAUAAUUAGAUAUAUAAUUAGGUGCUCAAGAUAUAUAAAUUCCUGUUAUAUUCCCUGUUAUAUAUUAUAUUCCAAAUUAUAUAUCCAAUGUUAUUUAUAUAUAAUAAAACGAUAUUAAUUAUGAUUUUGUGAAAGAAUGCAACGGUAUAAGACUAGUGUUAGUAUUUAUUAAUUACACCUCAAAAAAAAUUCUUUCCUGAAAAAAAAAAAAUGUGACCAAAAAUGUUAAAAUCUUCGAAAAUAGAAUAACCGGAACAGAUUUGGGUUGUUCUUUUUUUGAAAAUUUUAUUUAUUUUUCUUUUAUGUUUUUUUUUUGCAACGAUUUUUUUUUGAGAUCCUAUUAAUGAAUAUUAGUUCUGAGAAAUGGGUCACGUUAAUCACCAUUCUGUAUAAAUGUAUGAAUUAUAUUUAAUAUUAUUUAUGAUAAAUGUAAAUUUUUGAUCUCCAUCGUUCGUUUCGUAUGUUUGUACUUAAAAGCAAUAUAAUCGCAUAUCUGUCUGUUUGUAAUGAAUACACAUUGUUCUUGUGCAAUUAAUACACUCGCAUGUAUAAAAUGUGAAUUAUUA